AUGUUUUGGAUCCGCCGGUUCACUAUUUUGCUGGCUUUCCUGCUGGUCAUCUCCUUCGGCGCCUGGCUGGCUCCCCGCGUCCUCGAUCCUACCAAGCGAGGCCCCGAGAAGAGAGCCCGGGACCGCCGCUGGGUUGACAGCAGUCCGUAUUGGUGGGACCGCCAGGCAUGUCGUUGGAUCGGGAUCUGUGGCCUCCACCACUUGAGGAGUGAUCCUGCUACACGCGGUGAGAGUGAGGAGGACGAUUGGGGCGAGCUGAGGCGUCGUGCUUUGAACCAUGUCCACCCGCGCUGGGAGCCCGAUGAGCUCCCCCGCGAAGACCACAAGCGAAACAUCCCCCAGCGACGGAGAAUUCUCCGCGAGGUUCCCGAAUAUGUCACCAAGUACGCACCCUUGGUCCAUCUAUACUCGGGCGAGGAAUUCUGGCCCUCAGACAUUCGUGAGCAUGUCGAGCACAUGACCGUAUACGUUGACGAAGAACCACUCAACUCGACCACCAAAUGGACCCUGCACAACUUACACCAGCUGAACAAGCAUACCGGCAAGGUCAUGAUGCACAGCAAUGAUAACGUCGAGGACCGCCCCAGCUGGUUGCAUAGUCAUCACAAUAUUCCCGUUCCGUUCCCCGACGAGGAGCAGGAGGAGCCCGUCCCUGCAGAUCCCAUUGACAAGCGCCCAAACGUCCCCGAGCUCAGAGAGCCCACCACCUGGUACGAUGUCGACAAGAAGCGCCCGCUUAACAGAAUUGACGACCCCCGGAACCGCAAGUUCCAACACACCAACGACAAGUCCGAGCGCCUUGCCAUCCGCGGCCACAAGCCGGAUGCCAAUGGCCACUCAAGCGCUCCUGCUGUUCUCGUCAUCGUCGACAAGGGCUCCGGCAUCGUUGACGCCUUCUGGUUCUUCUUCUACUCCUACAACCUUGGUCAAACCGUCUUCGAUAUUCGCUUUGGCAAUCAUGUUGGCGAUUGGGAGCACUGUAUGGUCCGCUUCGAGAAUGGUGUUCCGAGGGGCAUAUUCUUCUCAGAGCACGAGGGUGGACAGGCCUAUGCUUUCGAGGCUGUCGAGAAGCGUGGCCACCGCCCUGUCAUCUACUCGGCUGUCGGCUCCCAUGCGAUGUACGCGAUGCCUGACACCCACUCCUACAUCCUCCCCUUCGAUCUCCUCAAGGACCUAACCGACAAGGGCCCCCUGUGGGACCCCGCCCUGAACAACUACGCUUACCACUACGACUAUACCAAAGAGUACGGUGAGGACACCGACGAGCUCCGAGAGCCCCAGAGUCUCGUCCCCGCCGCCUCCAACCCACACGCUCCGACGUCCUGGUUUCACUUCCGCGGCCACUGGGGCGACGAGGUUUACUCCCUCGCCGACCCCCGACAGUGGCGCUUCUUCGGCCAGUACCACUACGUCACUGGCCCCGAUGGCCCCAAGUUCAAGACUCUUGACCGCGAAAAGAUGUGCCAGACUCGGAAGUGCAAGAUCUCAUACAACCUCGAUCCCCAUGGAACAUGGUACUAG